GUGCAGUUUAAGAAAAGGCAACAAAUGACAUUUUUAUGAUUCUUAUUUUAUUCCAUCGAUGUGCUUGUAGAUUAUUAAAUACUGUUUUUCAGACCUGUUUUAAAUCGGACAUAAUAGAAGGUUCCCCUCACCGCUUCAACCCAGGCAGCAGAUGAAAGCAUGCUGUUUCUCGGAUAAAGUUUUCUGUUUCAUGGAUGAUCCAAUAUUUUCCUGCAUCGAGUUUGAACUUUAACCCGAAUAAAACCAAGCAUUGUAGUAAAAAUGUGUCUAUCUAAAUAUCCAGCUGCGUGGAUGCAGAUAAUGCAUGUCAUGUCGUGGGAUUUCGUCGUGAAACCAGAAGCGCUCCAUCUGAGGUGGACCCGAGUCUGGUAGAGUUCACGGUGGGAGGAGCCUCCACAGAAGGAUUACUGCUGGUUUCACCUACGUGAUCCUCCACGGAGCGCGUUAAGGAGCUUCCCUUCCUGGGUGUUUAUUACUGAAGUGGUCCCGUUGUGGAAUGGGGACGUGGAAAAACACGGAUAUUUCAUAUCCAGAAGACGCGCUGAGAGUGUUUCUGUUGAUAGAAAACAGCCGCUGUCCGUCGCCACUCUGAGCUUCUGUGCGCUCCAGAGUCUGACGGACAAGAAUUAGGUCCAUGCCUGUCUAGCGAGGUGUCCCUGUUAAAGAUGGCCGGAGAGAGAUUUUUCCAUCAAUAUUUCACUUCCUGUGGUUAUGAAGGCUCCCAGUAGGCAGUCAGGAACGUCCUCCGUCUUCUUUGUAUGACAUGACUAAACUCACGUGAUCUGGUCACCAUGAUGGCCUCUGUGGUUGCCAAUGGAAACAGAGAUGGGCAGGCUCUAGUCUUGAAAGGGGUGGACCCAGAGACGUGCUUGAUUGUGUUCAAGAACCACUGGGCUCAGGUGGUGAAGAUCCUAGAAAAGCAUGAUCCACUGCGCAGCAGCUCUACGCUUCCCUCACUGGGGGUCCUCAGCAUCAGCUCUGGAUCCAGCGGAGGAUCUCGCUUUGGCCCGAUCCCAGGGGAUGAGGCGAGUGCUGUGCAGAACUAUGUGGAGCACAUGCUUUUCCUGCUGAUGGAGGAGGAGAGUGGCCAGGCUGGAGCAAUGGGUCCCAUACUGGAGUUUGUGGUUAUGGAGAACGUUAUGGAGCGCCUAUUCGUGUGGAGCCUGCGCAGGGAGUUCACGGACGACAUGAAACUGGAGCAGCUGAAGAUGUACGAGAUGCUGGUGGGCCAAUCGCGCCAGCCUCUGCUCCAUCACAAGCCCAUCCUGCGGCCCCUCAUGAUGCUGCUGUCCUCCUGUUCGGGUACAGCGGCACCAGCAGUCGAGGCCGAGCUGGUGCUGCUGCUCCACCAGCUUUGCUGUGUUCUUGCAAAGGACCCGUCGAUUCUGGAGUUGUUUUUCCACACCAGUGAGGAUCAGGGGGCCGCCAAUUUCCUCAUCUUCUCCCUCCUCAUCCCCUUCAUUCACAGGGAUGGCACCGUGGGCCAGCAAGCGAGAGACGCCUUGUUGUUGAUAAUGUCGUUGUCUGCUGAGAAUGAGAGGGUGGCGUUGCAUGUUGCAGAGAACACCUACUUCUGCCCAGUGCUGGCCACAGGGUUGAGUGGCCUGUACUCAUCUCUUCCCACCAAGCUGGAGGUUCCCAGCGAGGAGUGGCACUGCCUUCACAAGGAGGAGUGGCUCCGGUUGCCGUCCCUGGUCCAGUUUCUGAACUCCUUGGAAUUCUGCAAUGCUGUGAUUCAGGUCGCCCAUCACACAAUCAGAGACCAGUUGGUGGCUUACAUCUAUAAUGGUUUUCUUUUACCAGUCCUUGCACCAGCACUGCACAAGCUCACUUUAGAGGAGGUGAUGACCACUACAGCGUACCUUGACCUCUUCUUGAGGAGCGUGACAGAGCCGGCCCUGCUGCAAACUUUCCUCUCCUUCAUCCUCCUCCACCAGCAUGAAGGCGUGUAUAUUUUGGAUACGCUGGUCAGUCGCAUCAACACCCCCUUCCAGCUGGGAACAGUGUCACUCUCGCUUUUCCGGACCCUGAUUGGCUUCUACUGCGAGGAUGUGAUGUUGCAGCUCGUGCUGAAGUACCUGAUCCCCUGCAAUCACAUGAUGCUGAGUCAGAGACGAGUGGUGAAGGAGAGGGACUUUUACUCAGCAUCGGCGGCCAAGAUCUUGGCGUUGACGCCGUCCUGCUGCUCCCCGGAUCGCAGCCCCCCGCCCCUCCGACAGCUGGAUUCCAUCCUUUUUUCCAAGCGUGGGGAAACUCCAAACAACUCCAGUAACACAGACCAACAGAGCAGCUUCUCAGAAGAAGACGAUGGCUCGGGUAACUCCUGCACCAUCGGCUCAGAAAUCUACCUGGAUGUCAGCUACCUUCAUUACCUCUAUGAUGCCCGGCUCAGCAUCAGCAGCUGCAUCCAGGCCUGCCAGGUGUGGUCAGCGCCGUAUGAUGGUGAGAACCCUCCUCCGGAGAAGUACCAGCCGGGUGUCCUAGAGGAGCCGAUGCCAGACUGUCGGCAAACCCAGGCGGCUCUGAAGAGAGUCGCACAGCUGCUGGUGCCACAUCGCCAACCCAUUCUGCCGCCCAGUAAAGAGCCGCCCUCCAUUACCCAGCUGGAGCUGGAGUGGGAUGAUAGCUUUGAUGCAUGUCCAGUACAGGUUGAUGAAGCUCCUGUGGACCCCAAACCUCCUCAGCCGCCUUCUUCUGGGCCCCCAAAACACAUCCAGGAGAUGAGGAGGUCUGCCAUCAUGCUUGUAAAAGGUUCGUACAUCGAGGAAAAUGACUUCCAGGAUGAUGUCCUGGUGUACGAUCUGAUUGCAAAGAAAGACGCCUCAGAGAUGGAGCAGACAUCAGACGAACCCAGCGGUUCAUCAUCAGAUGAGGUCCAGCCAGGCUUAGCUGAGGUCUCAGUGAAAAAUGGGCUCAGCCUAACACUUCCCACCACUGUGAUGGCAGAUAAUGCAAAGACCAGCUUAAAGUCAAAGGUCAACGGUCAGACACAUUGUAACGGCAACCUCCAGAAAGCGACUAACACUAGUGACGAUCUUUUAGCUCAGUAUGAGGAGCUGAUUCAUUCUCUGGUCAGCGAAACUGGUGGAAAACAGGUGGAAGCUGAUGACGAGGUGACAGUGCCUGUCACAGUAGCACAGGAAGAGGAAAAGGAGGAGGACGAGGAAAAGAUGGACUUCACUCCCUUUACAGCUGAAACUCCAGAGCCAGAGAAACUGCAGUCUCCAUUUGGGUCCAUUCAAAGGUUUCGUAGCGGAAGCUCUAAAGGAAGCUAUGCUUUACCUUUUACAGGUCCAUUUAUCAGCGUGCUGCUGUCUCGCCUGGAGAAUAUGCUCUCUAACACACUUCAUGUCAACCUGUUGCUGACGGGGAUCCUGGCUCAGCUGGCUGCUUAUCCUCAGCCGCUUCUCCGCUCCUUCCUCCUCAACACCAACCUAGUUUUUCAGCCCACUGUUCGCUCACUUUACCAGGUUCUUGCCACUGUGAAGAAUCAGAUUGAAGAGCUUGCUGCCUGCAGGAAGGACUUUUCGGAGCUGAUUACUGUGGCACAACACUGGCUGCUGGCGAGGGAGGCCUUGUUCAUCACGGCAGAUAAAACCAGCAGCAGUGGCUCAAACAAACACGAAGGAGGAAAGAUCUUGAAGAACUCCCUGCCCCCAAAACCCAAAGCCAUCUCUCUGGAUCAGACAGAGGUCUUCGCUACGGUCCUCUUCUCGGAGUUCCUCAAAGAGCUGGCUGCGAUCGCACAGGAGCACUCCAUCCUGUCUUACAUUCCUAUGGAAGAGUAGUAAGACUCUGGGAUGAUUUCAGUUGGACUCUUUGGUACCUUUUUUCAGGUACUACUGAAUAAAUUAUAUAAAGAUUUUAAAAAUAUAAAUUUUUUUCAAACAAAAUAAUCAACUGUGUUUGAUUGAGUUUCACCAUCUUGCUUCUGAAAAACAUUUGUCAGACAAGAAGGAGGUCCAACCUUUGAACUGAUUUCCUUCAUAGAGACAACCUGCAUGUCUUCUCACCAAAGACUUUUUUAUUUUUCCAAUCAAACACCUGCUGUUUGAAUGUCUUCUACAACCAGCUCCAGCGACGCCGUGCUGCUUGGUGUGAUUUCUGUAAAAAUACUCAGGUGGUCUUUCAGUUUUUUCCCUUUAAGCAUCAGGAUAACAUCGAAUGUUGAUUAAUCAGUAUGCUUUCUGUAGAUGACUGGCAGCAAUACUUAAAAUUUCAAACUAACACAUCGAAGCUGACCUUUUUAACCACAACUGUUACACAGAUCAGUCACGACUGCCUUUAAAUUUCACAAAGUGCAAUUACAGACAGCCUUUGUGUCUUUGCCAGAGGAUGUUCAGGUUUUUUUGUGUUAAAUCAUGACGGUACCUCAGGACUCUUUUAACAACAUCUUGUUCUGUUGUUUGUUUAAACAGGUGGAGGUUUGCAUGUUUUCUAUAGUCCCCCCCACAGUUAUUGGCACCUCUCGUAAAGAAAUGUAAAAAACCUUGAAAUAAAUACAGUUUGAUUGCGGCAACAGAAUCUCAGAAAAAUUCCAACCUUUGAUUUGAAUUUAUUUAUUUAAGAGGGGAAAGAAAUCCCAUGGAUUUGUUUUAACACAAUCUUUAGCACCCCAACAGUUCCUAUAAAAUAAGUGUAACGUUCAGUGCUUUAUAGAUUGUUUAUCAGCCCGCCUUCAAAUAAUUAUUAGCUGAGUUAUUUAGAAAACAGGGCAAACCCUUGCUGUGUCAGUUCCUGUAAGCAUUCAACAUGCUGAGGUGAGUGAAUCUUCCUAAGUGCAGACAGAGUGUGUGCAUAAUGUGGCUAAGAUUGAUCAAUGUAAAAUUUGGAGCCAUCACAUGUCCAAAAAUAUUUUGCUGCCCAGCUUAUCGGCAGAGGCAACAACAUAAAUAUAUUAGAGUAUCAGAUGCAUAGAAAAGCGAUGCUGGAAUGUUAGACAGAAAUGCUAGGCAGAUGUGUAGUAAUGUGACAGGGUAUAACUGGAGGGACCUUGAGCACAGCAAGCGAGCACCCAGUCUCCUCAACUUUUAUUCUUCAUCAUUUAUUUAAGGCUUUUGUACUCAUCUUUACAAGAUGUGCCAAAAGUAGUUGCCUUGUCUCAUAUACGAUGUAAAGGUGUACAGAGUGGCAAAACCAGGUUAAUCACUUCUAUAUGUAACGCGCCUUUUACCUUUAGGAAUGUUUAUAAUGUAUAUAUCAUAAGGAAAAUGUUCUUAUUACAGAAGACUAUGCAAAUCAAGUUUAUUGGGGAUAUUUUAAUUCUUGGUUCAUUGUAAUGAUGGGUUGGAGUAUUUAAACAAAUUUCUGAAAGUUUGUCAUAAUAGUUUUUUAUUUCUCUUUGCCAUCACAAAAAAGGGUGCUUUAAAAAGCCGUGUAUCUUCUCAGACUGUUAAGCCUGUCAGCAUGUGGAGCAGUUACCAAUCGAACAUAUCUGUGGGAUGAAGCCUGUUCGUUUACUGCAGGCCAAACAUUUGAAAGCAGCUUCAAGUUCCUGUUCACCGUAACUUUAAAAAAAAAAACAGUACGAGUUCUCUGGACUUUGGGAUUAUUUGCUUUCUUUUCUUUGUUCAUUAUUUCUUAAUUUACCAUCAGGCAUGCAUGUAUGUUGCCAGACCAUCGGUGAAUAGCUGACUAAGUGUGCUUUGUUUUAGGGUUAAGAAGAUUUGCAAGAAUGACAGCUUCAGUGCAAAAGUAAAAAUCAAAUCAAAUCAAAUCACAAUGUGCAAAUUGUAUAAAUGCCAUUCUGUUGUUAAAGCCAGAAGAGGUUACUCUGAAGAAAGAAAAGUAUAAGCUAGAAAAGGUCAAAUACCCCAUGAUUAUAGUAAAAACUUGCAUUCGGAUAAGCAAAUCUUUGUAUAAUAUUUAUUUUUAUGUUAUUACAGAUUAUAUCAAUGAAUUCAUGGUCAUUUUUAGACAAAUCCGGUCUUGCUUGUGUAGUUGUGGCCUGUAGCGUAUGUCCAAGUUUCAGGAAACGUUUUCUGUCAGUAGAUUUUUAAUUUGAAAAGAUCCAUCUGCCUGUUUAUUGUUUUUACCAGUUGAUGUUUGAAAUAGAAAAUCACGUUUCUAAUAAAGACAUUCUGUUAAAAAACAUCCUGUUAAAUGCAACUGAAAAUGCUUAAUAUGUUGGUUUUACAUUAUUUUAUAUCUAUAGGUUUUUAAAAACAAGAACCUAUUUCUGGCUAAUAGGAUUUUUCUGACUCAGUAGGUGUCAUAAGCAUUAAUGUUUCCUCUGUAGACCCUACUUUAAAACACUAAAACCCAGGAUAUGGAUUGUUUCGAUCAAUAAACCACAUCAUGUUGUUUCUGCCAAAGCAAAGUGUCCUGACGCUUGCAGCAAUACAAAUAAUAAUCACUGAUAUUCAAGUCUAACUUCAAGGGUCCAAUCAUACAUCCCAGAUCCCACAUUGCCAUUAUUUAUGAAAUAAAAACAAAGCUAAAAUUGAAAGGCUUUGUGUUUAAAACCAAGUCUUUGUCAGUCUCUCACAUCUUUGUGUUCAUUGAGGGUUGCAGGUUGAAGUCUGGACCCUGAUUCUUCUGUUUAGUCAUUCUGUUGUGGAUUUGCUGCUGCCUUGGUGUCUGCCAAACCAGGCCAAAUCAUCAUCCCUCCAUGACCGUGCCUAAUUGUGCUGAUCUACUGGAUUUUGAUUUCUUUUAAGACGAUGCAGUGAAUUUUUCUCAUUCAUUCAUUCAUUCAGAUGCAACUUUGUAAAUCUCAUGUGGCCAUAUACUUUUUCAGGGGAAAGGUCUUUCUCCUUCAACCCUUCUAAACCAGCCAUACUUGUUUUGUCUUUGUCUGACUGUCCUAUCAUGAACAUUUAACAUGCCCACUAAGGCUUGGAGAGUCUAAAAUGUGACUGUAUGCAACUCACCAGCUAAUAAUCGGACAACUUAAAUAUGCAGCCCCUCCUUUAUCCUGUAGAAGCAGGAAGGGUGUACAUAGUUUUUCACAAAUACCUUUUCUGUUUUGGUUUUCUUCUUGAUUUCUAAAUAAAGAUUGUGGAACCUGUUGUGUA